UAUUAGUAAAUUAGUAAAGGAAGCUUUUGCCCUAGUGGAAGAGUAUGCUGUAUCAGGAUCAUGAAUAACCAGGGGCCCUUCGGAGCCUUUAAAGUGAUUACUAUGUUACAUGUGUUUGGGGACAGCUAUGUUCCCCCCUCUAUGGUAUUUGCUAAGAUCUAUGAAUACAUUUAUUAUGUUGUCCGAAAAUUGUUUAGCAGACAGCAGGUUCUAGAUUAGAUCAUUUAAGCCACACAGUAGAAAACAAGGUGCCUGAAAGCAGUUUAUCUCCAGAGAUAAGAGACCAUAAAGUCAUUUAGCUGUUAGAGACACAUAAAAGUCUAGGAAAUCAUUGUCAAUGCCUCGUCUUUCACAGAAGUGAUCCUGUAUCCACACAAUUCAUUUGCCUUUGUCGGGUGGGAGUUUGAACAUUAAAAUGCCAACAUUUAAGACUAUUACUGUGGACUUUGCAUCUUGCUGACUUUGCCUUGCCAGCAUUAAUAUCUACACCCCAGUACUGUUUCCUCAGACUUAUUAUACAAUGUGUAAAUUCCAGCAGAGGGCCUUGUGUCAACUAUUGUCCAUGUCCAUCCCAAAACUGGGAGGAUUCUGACAUACUUCAUCACAAGCUGCUUACUCUUCAAUCACUAUGUAAGAUGACCAGACCAGCCUCUUAGCUCAUUCCAUAUUAUGCAGCGUCAGGCCGGGAUGUGCAGUGAAGGAGCAGAUAUGGAGAAGGAAUUGGACAGGAAGCUAAAGGGCCGGGGAGACACACAGAAGGGGAACACUAAUAUUGAUGGAGGCUGGGCAUGGAUGGUGGUCUUGUCUUCUUUCCUUGUCCACUUGCUGGUUAUGGGAUCACAGAUGGCACUGGGCAUUCUCAACAUGGAAUGGCUGGAAGAGUUCAAUCAAAGCAGAGGUCUGACAGCAUGGGUCAGCUCCUUGACAAUGGGCAUCACCCUAAUCGUAGGUCCUUUUAUUGGUUUGUUCAUUAACACCUGUGGAUGUCGGAAAACUGCCAUGAUUGGAGGGUUCCUGACGUCUCUUGGAUGGGUGCUAAGUGCUUUUGCCACCAAUGUACAUUUUCUGUUCUUUACGUUUGGAGUGAUGGCGGGUAUCGGGAGUGGGAUGGUGUACCUGCCUGCAGUGGUAAUGGUGGGUCAGUAUUUUCAGAAGCGCCGUGCACUGGCACAGGGACUGAGCACCACUGGGACAGGGUUUGGGACAUUUCUGAUUACGGUGCUGUUGAAGUACUUGUGUGAAGAAUUUGGCUGGAGAAAUGCCAUGAUAAUCCAGGGAGGCAUCACGCUAAACCUGUGUGUGUGUGGAGCCCUCAUGAGACCCUUGGACCUUAUAGAAGAAUAUAGCGUGGAGAAGACUGGCGCUCACAAAACAACUAGAGACAUUUCCCUGCUGGAGGCUGAUGUUGGGAAAGCAAACAGCAACCUACCUGAAGAGGGAGAAGACACUGCAGCACCAUGGUGUAAGGAAGACUCCAGCAAUGGCAUUGUUAAGAACGAUAUUAGCAAACUGGGAAUCCUAAAGUCACUGACCCGCAUGACUGUGACUGUUAGAUGUGGAUUUUGGGCCUGGUACUCUAGCUACUUUGGGGCAGCCUCCCUCUUCACCAACAAGGUCUUUGUAGCAUUUGUGGUUUGGGCACUUCUGGCCUACUGCAGCUUUGUGAUUCCCUUUAUUCACCUCCCAGAGAUUGUGGAGCUUUACGGCAUGACAGAGCAAAACAACAUCUUUCCACUCACCUCGAUUAUUGCUAUUGUGCACAUAUUUGGGAAAAUUUUCCUGGGUUAUAUUGGUGACUUGUCAUGUGUCAGUGCCUGGAAUAUUUUUCUUGCUUCCAACUUUACCAUGGGUAUCUGUAUCCUGAUCCUCCCACUUAUGCAAGUAUAUGCCGCCCUGGCUGUGGUCUGUGCUCUUAUAGGGUUCUCCAGUGGCUACUUCUCCCUCAUGCCUGUUGUUACAGAAGAUUUAGUGGGCAUCAAGCAGCUGGCAAAUGCCUAUGGGAUCAUCAUAUGUGCCAAUGGGAUAUCAGCGCUUCUGGGACCUCCAUUUGCAGGCUGGAUCUAUGACAUCACCCAGAAAUAUGACUACUCCUUCUACGUGUGUGGCUUGCUGUACAUGGUGGGAAUGAUCUGUUUGCUUAUGGAGCCCUGUCUGCAACCAAAGGAGAAUAACACUAAGAAAACUAUAGACAUUCCUGAAUCCUGAAAAUGCAAUAAGGAUGUUUAAGGACAUUUGCUAUGUACCCUGAAACCCAUAUUAUGGAAAAUAAGAUCCUAUGGCUAGUCAGCCCUGUACAAAUACUUCUCCGGUGUUUCCUGCCUGGCUUGGCAUAGCAGGAUCUGUAUUUUUACACACACCCAGCCAUGUGUUGCCUUUCCUAUAUUUAUGUCUUUUGCAGUUUUCUGCUUAAAAAAUGUAAGAUGACUUAGAAUAUAAAAAGAAAAUUUGGUUUGUUCAAAAGCUUUAGAACCACAUAUAACUGAUGACUGGUGUAAAUGUCUUCAACUUUUUAUACAUUUACACCAGUUCGCCAAUAAAUGAAUCUGCCAGUAAAUGAAAAUCACAAAUUGGAUCAUGUAAAAGUAAAGAAACAUUCAUAAAUAAGAAAUACAGGUGCCUUUCUAGUACAGAUUUUAUUCUUCAGGGACCCUCUGCCCCCCAACAUUUUGGGGAUGUUCCUAGCUUUCAGCUCUCUGGUCAUUUUUGUUGUCGCCUUAAUGGAGAAACCCAGAUGCUCUUCAAAAUCCUUUUUAGCUCUGUACCUCAUCUAUACACUCCAGUGCAUGAACUCCUGUAACUUCAGCAAACGAUUCUUUUACACCUUUUUAAGCAGGGUGCAGAACUGAGAAGAUUUGGAGAGUUGCCUUAUGGGGGCAGACAGGCUGCACAGCAAAGAUUGCUAGGGAGCUGCAUUUUAGGUGUGUUUUAUCACAAGAGAGUUCUUAAAUCCUCAGCAGACAGAUUUACUGUAUAUGAUAACUUUAUAUCUGGCAAGCAUAAUCACAUGCUGGCCUCUUAAAGACUUUAGUAGUAAUAGGCCUACUAGAAUUACUACUAGAAUUCCCAAGCCUGGUUGGCUGCAGUACCUAGUUCUCUGCCUGAUUCUGGUGCCACAAGCCUCUGAUGGCUUCUACAUGGCUGUUAUGGCCUUCAGGGGUUAGAGCAGAGGCACUGCAGAAAAAUGUCACCACUGGCUGUCCAAAAAGUAUAGGCUGCUUGCAUUAGGCUCUGUUCACAUCUGUGCACUGCAAGAAUGCAUGCAUUGGAGCUGAUCAAAAUAAUAAAGUGCAUGCACUGGGGCUAACUUGAGGCCUGAAGUACAUAAAUUGGUGUUGAUCUAAGGUACAUGCAUUAGGGCUAAAAAAAAAAAUAUUUUAGGUGUACUGCAAGUGCCAUUCAUUCUCAAAGGCACCUCAAUGCACCUUGGUAAUGCACGUGCGUUACAGCGCACUAUGACAUUUGAUAACCUAUUGCCAUUUAUUAUGAUGUGCUGCAUUUAAAAAACAAAAAAAGGUACAUGCAUUUCUUUGGUGAGAUGUCUAUGUGUUGGGCUGCACAUUUAAGUGAAUGUGCAACAGUGCAUGCUUAUUACCAUAUGACAUAGAGGUGAAUGUUGCCAUAAUUUGCCCGACUAUUAUUCAAUGUUGCCCUUUAAAUUCCAUCUGAAUCAACACUUGAAAUACAUUUUAACUUCGCUCUCUUUAUAAGCAGUGGAGUCUUGGAUAGUGUUAGCCAUUGUUUAACGCAGAAAUUGGCAGUUAAUUUGAUGCCUUUUUUCCGGCUAACCUAAUUUAUUAAAGAUGCAAGCUUUCAGGACCUUCCUUACUGUAUGUCCUUUGCUCAUGCUUGAGUAAAAGACAAAGGUUUCUAAAGGCCGCAUCUUUAAUAACAUCAUUUAGGACCAAGGACUAGAGACAAGAGUGCUGAUUGAUAGUUUGCAGUGAUGUAUUUUCCAGAUUAUUUGUGUAUUGUACAUUAUGAACUAUUCAUUGAGAGAAUGUAACUGACAUCAGUUGGCUGUAAAGGCUGCUACUGACAAAUGUAUUUUUGGUGGAGAUAUUGUGCUUCUGGUAUUUUUGAGGGUGGUGAGGAAUCAGUAUGUGAUUGCCAACAACCACUCACAACUGAGCAGAGGGUGAAAUUGACUCUUUAAGCAGAUACUUAAGUAAUAAUACUUAGUAAUUCAGAAUCUGCUAAUUUAAUAAAUGGCGCCAGUAACUUGACCAGCA